CCAGUGCUCUCUUCUUUCUCAAUCUGAAAUCUAAACCCUAAUUUAUCGGUGUAAGAAAUCGUCUCCAGUACCUAAGAUGGGAGACAUUCCGAUCGGCGGCGGAGAGGAUCGGAAAGCAACGAAGCUUCCGAUUCCGGGAAAACGAAACAUCCUCAUUACCAGUGCCCUCCCUUAUGUCAACAAUGUUCCUCACCUUGGAAACAUCAUUGGCUGUGUGUUGAGUGCGGAUGUGUUCGCUCGGUAUUGUCGACUGCGGGGAUACAACGCGAUAUACGUAUGUGGCACUGAUGAGUAUGGAACAGCUACCGAGACCAAGGCCCUGGAAGAAAAUUGCACUCCUAAAGAAAUUUGCGACAAGUAUCAUGCAAUUCACAGGGACGUAUAUAAUUGGUUCAAUAUUAGUUUUGAUGAAUUUGGACGAACUUCAACUCCGCAGCAAACUGAAGUUUGCCAAGCAAUUUUCAAAAAGUUGAUGGAGAAUAAUUGGCUUUCUGAGAAUACAAUGCAGCAGCUUUACUGUGAUACAUGCAAUAAGUUUUUAGCCGACCGGCUUGUAGAAGGAUCCUGCCCAACACCAGGUUGUAAUUAUGAUUCUGCACGAGGAGAUCAAUGUGAAAAAUGUGGCAAGCUAUUAAAUCCAACAGAACUCAUCAGUCCCAGAUGCAAGGUCUGUGCAACCAGCCCUCGAAUCCGUGACACAGACCACUUGUUCCUUGAACUCCCUUUGUUGGAAGGUAAACUGCGUGAAUACAUCAGCACCAUGUCAGUGGCUGGCUCAUGGAGUCAGAAUGCCAUUCAUGCAACAAAUGCAUGGCUUAAAGAAGGAUUGAGGCAACGGUGUAUUACUAGAGAUCUGAAGUGGGGUGUCCCUGUCCCUCUUGAGAAAUUCAAAGACAAGGUUUUCUAUGUAUGGUUUGACGCACCCAUUGGGUAUGUCUCAAUUACUAAAUGCUACACACCUGAGUGGGAGAAGUGGUGGAAAAAUCCUGAAAAUGUGGAGCUAUAUCAAUUUAUGGGCAAGGACAAUGUUCCAUUUCACACUGUAAUGUUUCCUUCUACACUUCUUGGGACUGCAGAGAACUGGACCCUGAUGAAGACUAUUAGUGUUACAGAGUACUUAAAUUAUGAGGCAGGAAAAUUCUCCAAGAGUAAGGGUAUUGGAGUUUUUGGAAAUGACGCUAAGGAUACAAACAUUCCUGUAGAAGUAUGGCGAUAUUAUUUGUUAACCAAUAGGCCAGAGGUAUCAGACACAUUAUUUACAUGGGCAGAUUUGCAAGCAAAGCUAAACAGCGAACUGCUAAAUAAUUUAGGCAAUUUCAUCAAUCGUGUCUUGAGCUUUAUUGCUAAAGAUCCAGACUCAGGAUCUGCUAAGGGUUCAGGAUACAAUUCCAUAAUUCCUGAUGCUCCAGGUGCAGAGUCACAUCUCUUAACAAAAGCACUAGGAGAGAAAAUUGGUAACUAUGUUGACCAAUAUGUAGAGGCCAUGGAGAAAGUCAAGCUAAAGCAAGGAUUAAAAAUUGCAAUGAGUAUCUCUGGCGAGGGAAAUGCAUAUCUACAAGAAAGUCAAUUCUGGAAGCUUUACAAGGAAGAUCUCCCUUCCUGUUCCAUAGUCAUGAGAACUUCAGUGGGAGUAGUUUAUCUUCUUGCAUGCCUGUUAGAACCUUUUAUGCCAUCAUUUUCCAUAGAGGUACUAAAGCAGCUUAAUUUGCCUCUUCAACUAUCCCUUUCUGAUGAUAAAGGAGAUAUUGCAAGGGCCAAUAGUCCUUGGCAGAUCAUACCUGUUGGCCACAGAAUUGGGACCCCUGUGCCAUUAUUUAAGGAAUUGAAAGAUGAAGAAGUGGAGUUCUUCAGGAAUAAGUUUGCUGGCAGUCAAGCUGAUCGUGCAGAUCGGGCUGUGAAGGAAGAAGCUGAAGCAAAGAAAAUUACUGAAAAGUUGAAGAACACAAAAGUUUCAGAUAAAAGUGGAAAGAAAUCCGCGAAAUCUGCUGCUGAAUCCAAACCUAAGGCUGCUGCUGAGCAGGAACUAACGAUCAGUAGACUUGAUAUCCGUGUUGGGGUUAUUAAGGAAGUUCAGAAGCAUCCUGAUGCUGAUUCUUUGUACGUGGAAAAAAUUGAUGUUGGCGAAGAGCAGCCUAGAACCGUUGUUAGCGGGCUUGUCAAAUUUAUACCUCUUGAGGAGAUGCAGAACCGGAAGGUCUGUGUUCUCUGCAACCUAAAGCCUGCAACCAUGCGGGGCAUUAAAUCACAUGCGAUGGUUCUUUGUGCUAACACUAGUGAUCACACCAAGGUUGAAUUGGUUGAGCCACCCGAGUCUGCUGCUGUUGGGGAGAGAGUUACUUUCCCUGGGUUUGAUGGUCAGCCUGAUGAUGUACUGAACCCUAAGAAGAAGGUUUGGGAGACACUACAAGUGGAUUUACAUACAGACAAGGAACUUGUAGCUUGCUUUAAAGAUCUACCAUUUACCACAUCUGCUGGGGUUUGCAAGGUUUCAUCCAUAUCUGAUGGAUCGAUACGAUGAACACUUGCAAAUAGAGUAUGUGUUCUGCCACAUUUUUCAUCCAACAUACAUGUCAAGUCUGUUUACUUUUUCGACAUUUUCACAUAUGCAAUGUACCGUUUGAACAACAAAAGAACCUGGUGGAUAAGUCAAGAAACACUACUCUUGGUGACGUUGCUUAUAUAAAUGUAGUUUCGAAACUUGUUAAUGUUUGC